AUGGUCAACCGGAAAUUAUUACAGCUAUCACUGCAAUCUUUAAUGGCUCAUGGUUGCUUGGAGGAAAAAGAAACCAAAGCUUUAAUCCAGAAAUGCUGCCAAUCUUGCGAAGAAAAUUUCUCCAAUGAUAUAUUCCGAUCGAUUAUUAAAGAAAUUAAUACUCGGAUUAAAAAAUUCUCAUUCGAAAUCCGCCAUGGAGCCUGUGAAGAUGACGAUGGCCAAGUGUACUAUUGCUAUUUAGAGCAAGUGGUAGCCUCACCCGACGGACUUGUAAUUGAAAAUACUAUUCUGCAAGCUAGGGAACAAUUUACUGCACGUGCUGCUCAGCGCUCGCUCGCUCGCUCGCUUUCUCACCUUGUCAAAGAAUUUCUUGAUCGACUAGUAUGUGAUAAAUGGUUAUCACGAACUGAAGAUAAAGAAUAUCACCUGGGUCCACGCUCUUUACUUGAUCUUCUGCCAUUCCUUCAAAAUAGAAUCAAUUCAAUUUGUUCUAUUUGUUCAUCUUUAGCCAUACGAGCCCAACAAUGCCCAAGCUGUCUAAGUAAAGCCCACGUUCAUUGCUUAUCAAGAUUUGCCAGUGGCAGGAAUUUUAUUAAAUGUCCACAUUGUGAUGAAGAUUGGAAAUGGAAGGAUUGUGAUUAA